UCUAGCUGCUCGGUCUCCUGCACCUCGACACACAGGUUAAGUAAGACCAUGGCUACCAAGUUGAUCAUUGAUCAGCCCAAGCCGAUUAUAACAUCCCCAGGUUUGCAACAGUGGUCCACUGGGAUCUGCGAGCGUGACAGCAUCUGUGACUGUUGCUUUGCGACAUGGUGUAACCCCUGCUUCAACUGCAUCGUUGCCAAGGACCAUGGCGAGUGUCUGUGUCUACCUCUGCUAGAGUGCUGGGGAUUUAUCCCUCCUAUUGCAAUGGCCAUGCGCGUGUCCACCAGACUCACCUAUGGAAUUGAGGACACCUUGUGCAAUGACUGUGUGUACGCCUGCUGCUGUGGCCCAUGCUCCUGGAGCCAAAUAAGACGUGAGAUGAAGGCCCGUCACCAUCCUAUCACAACUUUCCAGAGAUAUAAAUAACAUAAUCAUCAUCAUCAUCGUUAUUGUCAUUAUUAUUAUCAUCAACAUCA